UGUGUACAUUUUUAUUCAAUCGUUUCUCUUUCGAAGCCAACGUUAACUGGAUUCGACCUUCAAUCGUACAGUUUUUGUAAUUUCGAAUAGUGUAUUUGUUGUUGUGUGGGUUUUAUUUUGAAAUUCACCAUUCUCGGGAUCUUUCAUUAAUUUGACACCGUUUGAUCGAUACGGGUCCGUAAAUAUGCAUUUGGCUUGUCGGAUAAUAUUGUUGCUUUGCAUCGGGAGCACCCUGGCCACCGAUUCGCAAAUAGAGGAUCUACCUAUACAACCAACUGGUAUUACCUUUGGACCACCAACCCCAUCAACUGAACCCACCCCAAAACCCACUACUGCACCACCCACCACUAAGCCAACUACUGCUAGUACCACUACGAAAUCAACUACUUCUGCCACCACAACUACUACAAGUACCACCCCUGCAAGUACUACCAGCUCUACAACUAAACCGACCACUUCAAGCACCACCACUGCUAAACCCACUCCAACACCAAAGCCGGGCAAGCCGGAAGUUAAUAAGUUUAUUGGCAACUACACUGGGAAAUCAUACAUAUGCUUAAUGGCCCAAAUGGCUAUACAAGUGGAGAUUAAUGUGGAUAAAAAUAACACUGUGGUGAUGAACAUUCCUAAGCAGCCUCAAAACGAAAUUAUCUGUCCAGCCAACGAUUUUGAAACCCUUACCAUAAAGUGGGAGUCUAACAACAUCACUUUUAACUUUUUAAAGAAUAAGACAUCAUAUGAAAUACAGAACGUCACCGCGAACAUUGUUUUACCCGGUGACAACUCGUCCACUCUACUGUGGCAUACAAAACCGGAAUUCCAGGUGUCCACCAAGCAGUCAUAUUUGUGCGUGAAAGACCAAGCGUUGAACUUAACUGACAGUAAGAAUGCCUCUGUUGCCCGAUUGCAUUUGAGCCAUUUGCAGUAUCAGGCCUUUAUGAAUACCACUGAACCGGAAUAUUCCGCUGUAUGGGACUGCGAGGGAGCAAACACCUCAGACGUAGUACCAGUGGUAGUCGGGUGUGUGCUGGCCAUAAUGGUGGUUCUCAUCUUGAUCGCGUACCUCUUCGGACGACGCCGCUGCCAAGCCAGGGGCUACCUCUCUAUGUUUGCUCAGGAGAGGAGCGAAAGAGACUACAUACCAAUGAAGACCUUAUCUUGCUUUAAGUAACAAUAUUUGACCCUUUUUCACUUAUAUUAUCUCCUAACGUGCACCCAUCCCAUUUCAAUAGAUGUAAUAGAUUUUCUUCAGCUGCUUUACCGAAAGGAUGUAUUAAGUAGGAUUUAGCAUAUAGUGAAACUUUUCUACUUACACAAAAUGUAUGUACUUCAAUAUCGAUUAUUUUUUAAUCUCCUUAGUUAGGCCUGCAAUGCUGCUUAUUAUUAAGCCAAAGAAUAUUGAUUCGACUUUUUCCCUAUUAAUUUAAGUUUACUUCUAAUAUCCUUAUUAUAUUAUUUCUGAUGAAUAUACUAAAAAUAUAUAUAUGAUGUGAUAUUAGGAAGAUAGGUUUUCGAAUAGGAUCGACUUAUAUAGCCAUUAUAAUAUUGAUCCUUUAAUGGAAAUGACUGAACAAAAAUGAUAUGUCGGUUAUAACAAGUAGGUACAAUAUAUAUUCUAUUAUAAUAUUACAAUAUUAUUAUAAGUUUUUUUUUAAAUUUACAUAAAGUGCAUUUUAUGGAGAUGUUGCUGCUUUGUGAAAUAUUAUUAUUAGUAAUAGUUAUUAAAUAUGGUGCCUCUUUUAACUUGUUAAGAUUGAAAUAAAGACAUCGAAUAAUUAUUAAA